CCAAAUAAUCAAUAGACAAUUUAUCUUAACCCAAUUGCUCGUUCCCAAAAUAUUCCUGGUUUCGUGUAUGUCGCAUAUAUUUUUUUGACAUAACUAGCAACACUGCAUUCAUGGGUGUAUAUGGGUUGGCAUUCACCUGUCACCAGUUAUAGCAAGUUGUAUGGUUCAACAAUAAAUUUCUAUUUUCUGCAAAUUUGUGGGGACCAUGGACGACAUCGUGUUUGCAAUUAUGGAGAGGCGUGUUGCUGCUCUGGAACAGAUGGUUUUUAAAGGACUUAAGGAUAUACCCAAGAAUCAGGAGGUUACUGAACUUCUGCUGCAAGCCCAUACAAUGAUAGCAUCCUCCCUCAGCUGCAGAGAAACCAUUUUAUCUGUAAUGCAGAGGAUGGCAAUAUUGAAUGGGUAUUUAGACCCUAACUACAUUGACAGUGAAUUGGAGCUGGAAGUCAAGAAACAGUACAUUUUGGAGCUGCAUCCUGAAUUGAAGAAACAAGUAGAGCUCGUUGCAAACAUUGAGAAGUUAAAGCCAUUUGCAGAUUCCCCAAAUAUCUCUCAGGUCACUGAUUUGUCUGAUAAGUUAGAGGAAUUAACUAUUACCAAUCUGAAUACGUAUGAGGAAAGUAAAACUGUCACAGAUGAAGUAUUAGAUUCUUUGCAAAGGUAUAAUGAUAUUACAAUGACAACUCGAUUGUUAUUUGCUGAAUUAGAUAUGCGUGUAACUGAACUCGAAUUGUCAGAGAAUACUAAAAAUUUGUUGGAUGACUAAUUUAUUACAAUAUUUAUU